AUGUCUGCGCCAGAAGUAUAUUCAAUCGCCAAAACUCCAGUGACGUGCCACGCAUUCAACGCAGACCGCAGCCAGGUUGCUAUAAGCUUGAACGACAACAACGUUCAGGUUUAUUCAAAGCAGGGCAAGGAGUGGAUUUUAUCCGAGACGCUCUCUGAGCACGAUAAACUUAUCACCUCUAUCGAUUGGGCCCCGAACUCUAACCGCAUCGUCACCGCCUCACAAGAUCGCAAUGCAUACGUCUGGUCUCUCUCUCCCGAUCCGCUUACUGGAAAGUUGGUGUGGAAGCCUACCUUGGUACUUCUUCGUAUCAACAGAGCCGCUACCUUUGUCCGUUGGAGCCCCAAUGAAGACAAAUUUGCAGUCGCCAGUGGUGCAAGGGCGAUUGCUAUUUGUUCAUUUGAUCCCGAGAACAAUUGGUGGGUGGCGAGGCAGCUCAAGAAACCAAUCAGAUCGACUGUCCUGUCUGUCGACUGGCAUCCGAACAACGUCUUGCUCGCUGCAGGGAGCGCCGAUAUGAAGGCACGCGUGUUCUCCGCUUACAUCAAAGACGUUGACAAGAGGCCCUCGCCUACCAUCUGGGGCGAGAAGCUUCCUUUCAACACCAUCUGCGGAGAAUACAGCAGCCCUGCAGGCGGAUGGGUUCAUGCAGUCGGAUUUUCUCCUUCAGGAGAUGUCCUAGCUUUUGCCAGUCAUGAUAGCUCUAUCAGCAUCGUUUACCCUGGUGGUCCCAUGGUUUACAAUAUUCGCAUUAGUUCUUUGCCAUACGUGACUUUGACCUGGACUUCCGAAGAUGCUCUGGUUGCGGCUGGCCACGAUUGUCAGCCUGUUGUUUUCUCCGGCUCGGAGCAGGGUUGGGCCCUUGUCGGCACUUUAGAUGACACCACCGCUUCCACUGCAUCCAAGGCUCCUGGUGCAAGGACUGGGACUGUUGGGAGGUUGAACAGUGCAGCAUUCAACACGUUCAGGAACGCAGAUACGCGUGGACAUACUGGAGGAGAUGCUGCUUCUGACACGGAACUGCUCACUGUGCAUCAGAACACGAUCACCAGCGUCAGGCCGUAUGUGUAUAACAGUGAGGGGGUCGUUAGUAUGGUGAGCACUACUGGAGUGGAUGGAAAGCUUGUCAUUUGGGAUGUCAAUGCUGUAUCGGCCCUUACUGGAAAGAUGGGCGGCUUGAGGGUUUGA